AUAAGAGUGGAAAUUGUGGUUUGGAACAAAAUCAACGACCUGUGGUGGAGCAGGCACAGAGGGCAAAAAAAAAAAACAGGCUGCUGAUCCCCGGAUGAGUGAUGAUGCAGUGCAUGCCGUCGACAAUACACAAUAGGAGUAGUGUUACGGCAAACCGGAGAUUCAUGUCUCCGGAAAACGAAGGUGCAGUAAGAGGAACAAUAGGACCAGAGGAAUCUGUUCGCAAGCGAGACCGUGGAGGAGGCGAGGAUGAUAAUGAGAUCACAGCCGUCUGCAGCCGAGCACAGAAAGAGAUGAGACGGGGGUUGAUUGGGCAGGAGUUUGAGAUAUAAGGACGCCGUAGCAGCAAAAACUACAGUAGAGGGAAUUCAAGCUCUGGAACUGCUGCCGUGAGAGCUGCAGCAGAGGAAACUUUAGCAGUGGUAGAAACUGCUCCAGUGAGAACUGCAGCAGAGGAAACUGCAGCAAUGGAAACUGUAGGGGUGGACACUGCAGCAGUUGGAACAGAAGCUGUAGAAACUGCAGCAGCAGCAGCAGAUGAGCAAGCAGGGGCAGGACGGGAGCUUCAUGCGGGCAAGGAAUGAAUUGGAUGAUACAGGGACCAUCGCAGCAUGAGUCGGCACCACUAUGAGAGGCAUGUCACAUGUGUAGGAUAGCAGCGUUGGCGCGAGUGCAUGAAGCAGGUCCAGCCCUUAGCAAGAGUUGAUGGGGGAUGCCGACAGAAGGCAUGCGGUGAGUAGGUGUUGUCGUGGCAGCUGCAAAAGUCCAGCCAGUUGUUACAGAUUCUGUAUAUGUAUAUAUAUUGUCAAACAUGACAUGACUGAUCGUGCUGAUUUCGUAUAGAUCGGUGCUGUUUUCUUGCCACACCAAACCGUCCGCACACUCUUUUAUGUCGAAGACUAGAUCAUUUCUCUGCCCCUGUGCCACAGCAGGGCAAUGUAUCAACACUCUGUGACCUUCUCCUUUGCACAGCAACAAACACUGUUCCACUCG